CUCCUCGCUUCCGCGAUUCGGGAUUCUCUCUCCGCUGUCGCGCGCUAUCAUCGCUCCGUUAUCACCCCUUCGUUUAUCUUGCGAUUUAAACGUCACCCGAGGCUCACGUUCGUUCGUUCGUUCCUUGUGACUUCGUGCGCGAAUUCUCGAAGUUUUCUUUUUUCCGCUCACGUGCAUCUCGAGAUUCCGUUCUCGGCCUCGUGCUCGCUUUGAAAUCUCACUUUCCCGCGUCUCGGGCGUUCCGCUCCGUAUUCGCGCCUCGUUGUCGUCGGUUCGCCCCUUCGAAAGGCGUUUGAAUCGCGCGGACGAAUCGACGACACUCAACGCGCGCGCUUAUUUGUCGCGCCGAAAACCGGAACACGAGAAGAAUGCGUUCCCUCAUGAUGAGGUGCAUCGUCGACGCUCGCUCGCGAGAGCUUCUACGGCGCUCGUGAAAGCCGGCGAUCGCGAAACUGAUCGACAGCCCGCCACCGCGCUGCCUUGCCUGGAUUUUUUUGCGGUUUAAUUUGACACGCUGCGUGAACAUCGAUCAGACAGGAGAGGUGAGCACGCGGUUCGCGAGUAUGAAAGUGGAGGGCGGAGCGGCGACGACGACGGUCCUCCACAAGGUCAAGGUUAAGGAAGAGACGAAGGAAUGCUGCGGCUACCAGCAGACCUCGCCGUUGUCGACGUCGGCGGCCACCACCGCGACCGUCACGACGCUUACCGUCUCCGCCGCGACGGCGAUCACCACCACAGUCACUAACAGCAACGGCGUCUCUAGCGUGGGCGCGAACUCGUCGACGACCACUACGGUGGCCACCGUCGUGGCCGCCGCCCCCACUCUACAGCCCUCCAACAUUAUCUGCCAUCCGCCGCCGACGACCGUCUCCGGCGCCGGUAACACCGGCGACCCCUUUCCGGUCGACCUCGAUCUCAAGGCCAAGAACAAGGCGUCGUCCGUAUCACGAGAGAAGUCGCGGGAAGACGUGGUCCAGCCUGAGGCGCACUCGCCCACCUCACAGCAGCAUCAAAGGAUCGGCGCGGCGCCUUUGACCGGUCAGCAGAAGCAGACGAACGGCUCUCGGGCGGAGUACAAAGGUGCGUCUGGCUCCUCCGACAACGACAGCCCGUUGCCUUCGCAACCGCUCAAACCCGAGCUUGAAGAGGGACCCGGUGCUAAUGCCGGGCCCAACACGUGCAGAACAGAUGAGCAGAAUGAUGGGGUUGCGUUGGCGAACGGCACGUCGAGAUGCGUCAGCAGCAUCUUCGCGGGGCACGGCAAGCUUAAGAGAUUGCUGGGCACCCUGGUACAAUUCGCCACCGACAUCUCGACGGACACGGGCGACACAGUACGCACACUGGUACUCGCGCUUCUGAGCGGCAGCAUGACCGCGGAGGAGUUUCACUCGGCGCUGCAGGAGGCGACGAACUUUCCGCUCCGAGGAUUCGUUUUGCCGUACCUCAAACACACCUUGCCCUCCUUACAGAGGGACUUGAGCAACGCGGCCAGAGCGAAUAACCAGAGCUGCGUGCAGUUCCUCCGGUCCAACGAGUCUGCUGUUCUGGAGGCCGUGGGGUUGGUCCCGUCCGGCGAGUCCGUCGAGGUCUUUGGGGAGCACGGGGCGAACGGGAUCGGUGGCGGUAAUCAGUGCUCCGUUCAUUACACCAUGCGGUCGAAUUCUAAUCCCGGCGUUGGCGCCAUUCAGCACGCGGCCAGCAACGCCGCGGGCGCGUUGCACCAUUAUCCUGGCGCCGCUCAUGCACCGAAACGCCGUGCCUCCGACACCCCGUAUUACGAGAACGGAGCCCUCUUGGACGACAUGCCGGUGUAUGGCAAGAGGCCUACCAAUCCAUGGAGCCAUCACCAUCAGCAACAACAACAGCCUCAGCAGCCGACGGACCCAUAUUGCUGGUACCAUCCGCUGCAUUCUUCGAGCGGAUCGAUUCAAGGUCACGCGCACGGCCAUGGCCACGGGCCGAGUCCAGUGCCGCCUAGUCUCGUGCAGAUUAAUCAGAUAAACGCGUUCUCCGGACCGCAUCAUCUGACUCAGCAACCGCAGCAGCCGAUGGGCCACGGUCUGCAGACUCAGAACGGCGGCAGCCUCGACGAUGAAUGGAAGAACAUUCACGUGAUGCUCAAUUGCAUCCUCGGCAUGGUGGAGAAGACGAAGAGAGCGCUGGCGAUCCUUCAGCGACGAGGAUGCUCCAGUCCGGCGGCGGCGGCACCUCCACCAGGUGUGGUCGCGGCACAGAACGGUACGAGUAAUAACAGCAACAGCAACGGCAACAAUCCCUCGUCGACCAACGGCGCGCAGGUCGAGUCGUCUACCGGCGAUCGGGAUGGUAGCCUGAAGCGAUUGUCCGGCGAGAUCGUCGCGCAGACGAUCAGGGCGACCGAGGACAAGGUGGCUGAGGUCAAACGGAGAGCCGAGGAAGCUGUGUUAGAAGUGAAGAGGGCCGCAGUGGCAGAGAUGCAACGUGCCGUUGCAGUUGCGGUCGCAGAAUCGAGAGCGAAUGAGCGUUUGAGGGUUCACCGGUUAUUAGAUCUACCGCUUUCCCAAAGGAACCACGGCAGUCUCCGCCAAGGACCUUUCCUGAGGGUUCACGGGAACUCGAGCGCGGUCGAGACUGGCGCCAGAAAUGUGACGACGCCGACGACCACACCGAAUUCGGCGGCGUCGACCACCGAAGAUGAAAAGGACAUUCACCUCACCAACAUGAUGGGAUCCACCUGCUGGAACUGCGGCAGGCCCGCCUUGGAGACUUGUGGCGGCUGUGGAAUCGCCCGGUACUGCGGCUCUUUCUGCCAGCACCGCGACUGGGAGGCUGGCCACCACGCGACCUGCAAUAACCCACCGCCGCGCGAACCACGAAGAUCGUCCUCGCGCAGCCCACCGAGGGUCGCCGCCGCGAAUCUCCCCGCGGCUGUCAACGAGGUCGACGCCGCGCCAGUGGCAUCCGCCGGCGUCUCAAAGGGGAAGUGACGUCGUGGUGCGAGAAAUAACCUGGGCUUGCGAUCAACCAGAUCGAUCGACCACUAGUCGCGCUGACCGCGCG